AUGCCCAAGCCUGGCUGGGAGGAGCGCAGCGUGGCGCUCAACACCGGAGCCAGCAUGCCCGCGCUCGGCUACGGCACCUACCGGCUCGAGGGGGAGCCGCUGCGCCGGGCGCUGGUCUGCGCGCUGCAGCAGGGCUACCGCCACAUCGACACCGCUGCCGGCUACGAGAACGAGGCCGUCGUCGCCGCGGCCAUCGCCGAGUCAGGCGUGCCGCGCGAGGAGAUCUUUCUCACCUCCAAGCUGUGGUGCACCGACCACGGCACCGAGGCGACGUACGACGCCAUCCUCGCAAGCCUCACGGCGCUCAGUACCGACUACAUCGACCUCUAUUUGAUCCACGCGCCGACCAACAUGGGCGAGACGGACGAGCAGAUUAGGGACCUGCGGCAGCAGAGCUGGCAGGUGAUGGAGCAGCUGCACGCGGCGGGCGCGCUCAGAAGCAUCGGAGUCUCCAACUUUGAGCCACGCCACAUCGAGCAGCUGCUUCGCGGGACGGGCGGCUCGCGGCGCGAGGGCGCCGUCCUCCCGGCGGUGAACCAGGUCGAGCUUCACGCGUACCUUAGCCAGAGCGACAUUCGUGAGUACUGCGAGGCUCAGGGGAUCCUCGUCACGUCGUACGGCUCGGUCGGGGCCGCCUCCGGCUUGCUCGACGAUCCCACAGUCGUCGCCAUCGCGAAAUCGCACGGCAAGUCCGCCGCGCAGGUCACGCUGCGCCACUCGCUGCAGCGCAACUGCGCCUUUCUGGCGCGCUCGACCGCGCCGCAACGCAUCACUGCGAACGCAGAGCUCUUCGACUUUGAGCUGAGCGAGGAGGAGGUGCAGCAGCUAGACGCGCUGGAGCGCGCACAGCGGACGUAUUGGGACAAUAGUGAGGUGCCGUGA